AUGGCCCGAUAUAUCAGGCAUGGGUGGCUUCCCGCAGAUGAGGACCCAGACCCCUAUGUUCCGCGGCUGAUCCGUCAAGACCCACGGCUCCAUGCCAGACCAGUGAUGACCUUGCAUAACACCGUCACGAAUUGCUCCCUCUGGAAGUUCAAGGACAACAGCGUCCAGAUCGUCGGCAACAAGAGCGAGGAUCAAGCAAUUGCGGAGAAGUAUUUCAAGAUGAGGUUAACCGCUCUAUUGCAAACCCUGUUGUUGAUAUCCUCCGUGCGAGGCAUUGCCACUGAUUUUGUCGACAAGGCAAUACAAUUGAUGGAGGAGACUCCCCUUUUGGACACCCAUAUUGACCUGCCACAAAUCAUCCGCAGUCUACAUCGAAAACCACUCGACGCCAUUCCUCUCCUAAAUGGCUCUUUCCCAGGCCAUGUUGACAUCCCGAGGAUGAGGGAGGGACGCUUGGGAGGAGCCUUCUGGACCGUUUGGGCUCCGUGUUACGACGUAGUCGGAGAGGAUCCUGGUGCAGACUUCAACACUCCGACGAGCCAUGUGCGAGAUGCUCUGGAGAUGCUCGACAUCAUCCAGAACAUGAUCGCACGACAUCCCGAUGAUUUCCAAUACGCCAGGACAUCCGCCGAGGUUUGGGAUGCCUUCAACGCCGGCAAGAUCGCAAGUCUGAUCGGCAUGGAAGGGACCCAUGUGUUGGGCAACUCCCUCGGUGCACUUCGAAUCUUUGCACAACUGGGUGUCCGCUACCUCACUCUGACCCACACCUGCCAUAGCGCAUUCGCCUCGUCGUGUGGACCUGGUACGCCGAUGGACGUCGUACACGAAGGUGAUGGCUUGUCGGACCUGGGCAAAGAACUCAUCAAAGAGUUGAACCGUGUCGGUAUCAUGGUCGACCUGGCCCACACCACCGUCGCGACAAUGAGGCAAGCGAUCGAGCUCUCCGAGGCUCCCGUGGUCUGGACCCACGCAGGCGCACGAGCACUAUGGGAUCACCCACGGAACGUGCCUGACGAAAUCCUCAAAAUGAUCGGGGACGGCCCCGGACAGAAAGACGGCGUGAUCCAGUCUAUAUUCUUUCCGGCUUUCCUCGGACCCCAUCCGGGAGUCAACGUGUCACACGUCGCCAAUCACAUCGAGCACAUUGCUGGUAUCGUCGGCAAGAGUCGUGUUGGGAUCGCCUCCGAUUACGACGGGAUGUACCUCGUGCCGGAAGGGCUAGAAGAUGCUAGCAAAUACCCCAACAUUGUCGCAGAGCUUCUGUCUCGAGGCUGGACGGACGACGAGGUACGUGGUGCGCUGGGUGGCAAUCUGAUGAGAAUCAUGGACAAGGUGGACGAGGUUAGCGAGAAACUGAAAGAUCGACUACCGUCAUCUGCCAUCUGGGAGAAGAGAACCGACCUGCCAUCUCUGAAGUGGGGUGGUGGCGGUCAGCAUGUGUACUGGCCGACGGAUGUGAAGGCCAAGGUGGAAAAGAUGUAUUUGCGCCACGAUGAACUGUAAAAGGGGGAGCAUCUCAAGGGGGAAAGGAGGAUCGGGAUAGGUAUGCUCGACGUGGGCCUUGAUAUAUGGCUUGCCCAGAUGCGUACAACAGUUCAC